AACAAAGUAAGACAGGAUGAAGUUGUAGUUCCUCUGAGGUCAGAGUGUUUAUUCACUCAUGAAAUGAAGAGAGUUUGUUUAUCAAGUCUAUUUAGGCUUAAAAAUCAGUCCAUGAAGAUCUUUCUCUUCUGAUUAAAGUGUCUCCCACAAAACUACACAGUGAGGUAACUAAGUGACUAAUGUGUCUCGCUCUAUUUACAAAAUGUCCUCUGCUCAUUCCAUCAGCAGGACGCCGCGCCCUGGCCCGAGCUGUUUACUCAACCUAAAAGUGUCUGAGGGGCCAACAGGUCUCACAAAAGGCCCAUUCACCGGUAACAGGAGCCCGGACUACCACUGCCACGUCAAGAUGUUUGAGCAUGCACUAAUCUGCUGCUGCACAUGUUUGUCCGUCUGCGGAGUGCUGCCUUAUAUUAGGACAAUGCCGCCUGUCGAACCUGCACUGCAGGUGUCAAAUUCGAUUGCCGUUAUCGGCACAACUUCCUGGACCAGAAACAACAGGGGGAUCAAAGUACGGCGGUGAGUUGUGCCAGCAAGAUGCGGAAGGACUACUUUUGCUGAAAAGUUUUUAAAAAAAAAAACAACAAAAAAACAGCAGAUUGUGUGAGAGGUCUCUGCAUGUGAAGGCCGUCGAUGGGAGCUGGAGCUCACAGGAGCGCCGCGGGCCGCUUCACAGCGCACAGAGCCGACGGGAGCUCAGGUGUGUCCCCCCGUGUAAAAUGCGGUGUGCGAGCUCUCAGGAGGCGCUGCUCCCCUGUGUGCGCGGCCGUGUUCAGCUUCACGUCGCUCCUGGGGGUCUGCCUGCUCUACCUGCCGGACCGGCCCGCUGUGCCGUCGUUUGUGCCUGACGAGGACAGCCCGGUGACGCUCCUGAUCUGGACGCAUCCGUUCGGCCAGCACCGCAAACUUCCGGACUGCGCCGCGCUCCACCAGAUCAGGGGGUGCACGCUCACCGAUGACUGGGGCGCGUACCAGGAGGCUGACGCGGUGAUCAUACACCACCGAGAAGUCGCCACCGGCACCGCCGAGCUGCCGCCGGAACCGCGGCCGAGUACGCAAAAGUGGAUAUGGAUGAACUACGAGUCCCCCACGCACACGCCCAGACUGUGGAGGUUUGAGGGUGUUUUCAACCUCACACUGACCUACCGGAUAGACUCCGAUAUUGCCCUGCCGUACGGCUACCUGCUCCCCCGUGGAAACACAGUUAAGGGUCCCCAGAACCGCUUUACGCACCCGCUCCACGUACCCUCGCGCUCAAACCUCCGCCGGCCCCGCCUCCUGGCCUGGGUCGUCAGUAACUGGUCGGAGUCUCAUUACCGUGUGGCCGUGUACCACCAGCUCCGCCGGUACAUCGAGGUGGAUGUGUUCGGACGCGCAGGCCAGCCGCUCCCAGAGUACACCGGGGACGACGUGGUGCGGCUGGUCCGUCGGUACCAGUUCUACCUGUCCCUGGAGAACUCGCAGCACACCGACUACAUCACGGAGAAGCUGUGGAACGCGGUGCUGGCCGGGGCCGUCCCGGUGGUCCUGGGUCCCUCCAGGAAGAACUACGAGCGCUUCCUGCCGCCAGAGGCCUUCAUCCACGUGGAUGACUUCCCCACGGUGAGAGGGCUGGCCCGGUACCUGCUGAAGCUGAGGCACAGCCCGGCGAAGCUGUGGAAACACCUGGACUGGAGAGGGCGGUACAGUCUGCACCAGCCCCCCUUCUGGUCCGAACACUACUGCACGGCCUGCAGGGCUGUGAGGAGGAACAGAGGCAGGACUGAUGUGGUCCAAUACCUGACCCCCUGGUUCUACUCGUGAUAGACGGCUGCAGCAUCUCCAGCAGCUGUGAGAACUGACGGACCUUGUAGCAGUGAAACCUUUUCUGUAGAUUUAACUGCUGACACCACAUUUUGGAGGCUUUAAAGGAGCACUAUGUUGGUUUGGAGAAGAAACCCAAACUCAGGAUUGAAAUGUUUACUAUAUUAAUGAGACAAUGAUAAUGAUAAUGAAAACAGUUUCCCACAUAACUGAAUAAACAAGCUUCUCUCAGAGGAAAAUAAGGUCCCCAGUACACUGUUUGAAGUGAGAAAGGUGGCAGGGUCCGCCACAUAUAAACAAAAAUAAAACAGCAUGGAGUUGUGUUGUCCCUUAAGGUCACUUAGUUUAUUGAGUUUAUUCUGUCGUGAAAACAAAAAAGAGUUGAGUUUAUUUAGUUUGUUUUUAAAAAAAGAUAGUAAGUGAUUAAAGUGUCUUCCCCAAAACUACACAGCGCUCCUUUUAAAAGAGAUUUCUCUAUAUUUUGAUUUUACGGUUGAUUUCUUGCACUUUCCCAUGAUUGGUGGGUUUGUUUUACUUGUCUGGUUUAUAUGUGAACUGUGAACACGUGGGCACUUUUGCAAUAAAUUCAAUUGAGUGACACUUU